UAUAAAUAUUUUCAAUGGAUAACAUGUAAAGUUUUUGGUUCUGUUCCGCAGCUCGAUAGAGCCUCGAAAUAAUUUCCAGCUAGGAAUAAUCGAUUAAAUCGAUUACUUUUGAUUACUCGGCGAUAUAUAUGUUGAUUUCAUGUAAAGGCUCAAUUUAUUCAGAUUUUAAUUUACUUAUACUUUUUAUUUCAAAAGUAAUUAUCAUCUGAAAUACGUUUUGAAUAUAAAAUAAUAAUAACUUGCAUGGUAAUACGAAAAGUGCAUGCAUGCGAAGUUAAAAGGAGCGGGAUACACUGGUAUACAGAGUCGAUCUUGGCGCGUGAAGUUGACCGUGCGGAAGAUGAAGCCGCUAUAUUCACGCUAUUUCAUAGAACGUGGCGGACGCGGGAUGGACCGGCUGCAGAGCGAAUGCGUCAAUGCGGUUCGUUUGACAGAACACGGUGAACGCGAUGCUGAUCGGCCCGGGAGCGAAUGGCGUCGCAAACUUAUUAAACAGGCAAGCGAUGUCUAUACUAAUCCCCCAAUAAUGUUUUCUGCCAAGCUAAUCAUCGCAUAAUAAAGAUUCGGUACUUGUAUAUCGAUGAUCCGUGAAAACACGCAUUCUCGAAUAAUUAAUGCCGAAAAAUUGUAUAGCGCGAAUAAUUGAUAAAACGAUGAGCAUCGGACAU